AUGGCCGAGGCCGUGGACUCCAUGCAUUUCGCAGCAAACAGCAAAACAAAUUCCCCUAAACCCCUGAUCGCUAAACGGCCGCCGGAGAGCCGACCGCAGUCUUCCAGCGACAUUUACCCACCGCCCAUUAAGAAGGUCCGGGUGGAGGAGAAGGGCCUGAAGCACAGGAAACUGAACGGAGAGGUGUGCGCAGGGGAAAAACACAACGGGAAGCAGAGUUGUGGGAGCCCAGCGAAAUGGAGUUUCGGCCCGGCCAAGGCGAGCCACUCCACCGCCGCCGCGGUGCCAGCGACUCCCGCUCGGAAAAUCUUCAAAAUCAGCAACUUCCUCGCCUCACCUCACAAAGUGAAAAAGGCGAAAGAGAAACGACACAAGGAGAAGGAGAAAGGCAGUGAAGCGCAGCGGAGCUUCGCGGCUGGUGUGGAGAGAGUGAGCCCAGCUAGCUGCCAUACAAAGACCGAGAACGGCGACGUGAAAAUGCUACAGAGAGAUCACCGUGUGAAGGAGAAAGACAGAGAGAAGAAGAAGAGCAAAGAGUGGAAAAAUCACAAAUUGCCACCUGUGCAUGAAAUUGCAAGGGAAAACGGGGACGUGAUUUCUCCACAGAAAGAGUCUAAGGAGAAGCCCAAAGCUGGAUCUGAGGAAGACCUCCUGCUGAAGAAACUCAAGAAGAAGAAGAAAAAGAAGCACAAAGACGGCGAGCGGGUGAAGGAGAGACACAGCCGACCCAAAAUGUACCAUCGCUCGUGCCAGACGGUGUGUUCAGGAGUGUCUCUGGGUCUACCCGAGUUCCUCGGUCGAAUUAACGGGAACAACAGCAGCAGUCUACUCCACGCCACCGCUGCAUCACAACACCACCAGGAUCCCCCCAUCACUGCCGCUACCUCCAUCUCCUCCGCGGUCAGGGACAGGCUCGGCUACAGCUCCCCGCUCCACUGCACCCCAGCGCCGGGCCUGUCAGGUCUGGAGUUUGGCCGUCUGAUCCACAUCGAGCAGCAGGCCAACGGAGGGGCGUCUGUGGCGCACGCCUACAUGGAGCAUCUCUCCUGCCUGUCUCCGGCUGAGCUGCAGCGUUUCGCCCAGGAGUUUGUGACCCUGUCGUUCAGCGAGGACGAGGCCCAGGCUGCGUGUUUUGUGAUGGGAAUCAUCCACGGAGCGGCAUCCUACCUCCCAGACUUCCUGGACUACUUCUCCUACAAGUUCCCCAACGCGCCAGUAAAGAUGGAGGUGCUCGGGAAGAAGGACAUAGAGACGACAACCAUGGCCAACUUCCACUCUCAGGUGAAGCGGACCUAUUCCCAGGGAACGUACCGUGCCGGGGCCAUGCGGCAGGUCAGUCUGGUCGGUGCUGUGGACGAAGAAGUCGGAGACUACUUCCCCGAGUUCAUCAGCAUGUUAGAGGAAUCUCCCUUUCUGGAGCGGACUCUGCCCUGGGGAACGUUCUCCAGUCUGCGGCUGCAGAGCCCCACUGAGAGCGACGACGGUCCCAUUAUGUGGGUCAGACCGGGAGAACAGAUGAUCCCUAUGGCAGACAUGCCAAAAUCACCCUUCAAAAGGAAAAGGUCCACUAAUGAGAUAAAGAACCUGCAGUAUCUACCUAGAGCCAGCGAGCCCAGGGAGAUGCUGUUUGAGGAUCGGACGAGAGCCCACGCGGACCACAUCGGUCAGGGGUUCGAGAGACAAACUACUGCUGCUGUUGGUGUGCUGAAGGCUGUGCGCUGUGGAGAGGACAGUGAUGCUCCCGCCCGGAUCACCAAAGACGUUGUGUGUUUCCACGCGGGAGAUUUCCCAGAUGUGGUCAUGAGGCUGCAGCUGGACCUCCACGAACCUCCGCUGUCUCAGUGCGUCCAGUGGAUCGAUGACGCCAAGCUGAACCAGCUGAGGAGGGGAGGGAUCCGAUACGCCCGAAUCCAGCUCUACCACAAUGACAUCUACUUCAUCCCCAGAGGAGUUGUCCAGUUCAAAACCGUGUCGGCUGUCUGCAGCCUGGCCUGGCACAUCCGGCUCAAACAGUACCACCAACACGAAGAGAAGGAGGAGGAAGAGGAGGAGGUGAAGGAAGAGGAGAAGUGCACACUUGGAGAAGCAACACUUCAUAUCAAAGAAGAAGAGGUUGAGGGGAAGGAGUGUGAGCCCGCUGCACAGACGGUGACGAAGCUGGAGGACGAGGACGCAGAGGAAGGGGAGGGGCCGCCCUCACACACUCCGACACAGAUUUUCGAGGAGGAGGAGCAGGAGGACAGGGCCGAGAUGAAGGGGUUGUCAACCACGGAGUCUCCACCUUUUCGCCAAGAAAGGACAGAGACGAAAGUGUGCUCGCUCACUCACUAA